GUUUCCAUACCCUGCGGAUUGCGGGCGGAGACGUGAGGAGGGAGUGGAAGCAAACACGCUGUAGUGCUUUUAUUUUUAAUCGGCUUGCUUCUGUUUGGAUCCGUGUUAAUGUCGCGGUACCGGAGAAGCCGCUGGCGCUGCCAGGAGAACCGUCCGGACUGAAACACGGUCCGGUUUUGUCACACACGUUUAAUAUUAUUUUUGAUGGCGCAGAUAAAGAGGAUGUGGGAAACACCGCCGAGGCUCUUAGGCGCGACUGAGCGCUUUUUGUCCCCAAACCUUACAGCUGUGUUUGUGAACAUGUGGAGUGCUGGACAGAGAAGGACGGACAAAAGGGCCGCCACGCUGCAGGGGGACAUUUGUAACGAGAUUUGAAGUCGACGCAAUGGCUGAGAAUGAGACGAAUCUGAGGACGGCCAGGAUUUGGCGAGACGCAGCUUUACGCUCCAGGAAACUGAGGACCAACCUGCGCCAGCUCACUCUUAGCACCACCAACAACCAGAAAAUCACCUUACCUGACGACAUCAAGGAGAUAGAAGUCCUCAACCUGGGCAAUAAUUCCCUUCAAGAGCUUCCCGAGGGUUUGGGCUCCACUCUCACCAAGCUUCGCAUCCUGAUCCUCCGCAGGAACAAGUUCACCUCUGUGCCAUCUCCAAUAUUCCAGCUGUGUCACUUGGCUGAGCUGGAUCUUAGUCACAACUGCUUGAGCCAUUUAUCGGAGGACAUUGAGCAUUUGAAGGGGCUGAAAAAGCUCUGCGUGAGCCACAACAAGAUCCAGUACCUGCCCUCACAAAUCGGGACAUUGCAGGCGUUGGAGGAGUUUGAUGUGAGCUUCAACGAGCUCCAUGAUUUCCCCAGGUCCUUCACGCAGCUCAAGAAGCUCAGGACACUCGACGUGGACCAUAACAAACUCCAAAAUUUCCCACCGGAGCUUCUUGCCCUCAGUGAUUUGGAGGAACUUGAUUGUUCAGGGAAUAAACUAGAGGGCCUGCCAGGCAAUAUCACAAUGCUGCAGUCACUCAAAAUUGUGUGGCUCAGCAGCACCCAUAUCUCAUUUUUACCUGAGACUUUCUGUGAUCUGCAAAACCUGGAGAGCUUGAUGCUCGAUAAUAAUUCUCUUGCAGUGCUGCCAUGGUCGUUUGGAAAGAUGCAGACGCUCAAAAUGCUCAAUCUUUCAUCCAACUCCUUUGAAGAUUUUCCUCAGGUUAUUCUUACAAUUACUAGUUUGGAGGAGCUGUAUUUGAGCAGAAAUAAGUUGUCUUUCCUCCCAGAUGAACUUGGCCAGCUGUCUAAUCUCGCCAAUUUGUGGUUGGACAAUAAUAGAAUAACGUUUCUACCAGCCUCUAUAGUGGAGCUGGAGAAACUGGAGGAGCUGGUUUUACAGGGUAAUCAAAUUGCCAUCCUGCCAGACAAUUUCGGAAAGCUCUCCAAAGUUAACAUUUGGAAAGUUAAGGACAAUCCCCUCAUACAACCUCCGUAUGAGGUGUGCAUGAAGGGCAUCCCGUACAUAGCUGCCUAUCAGAAGGAGCUUGCUCAUGCCCAGACUGCUGUGAAACCAAGGCUCAAACUUGUUUUGAUGGGGCAGACAAAUGCAGGGAAAACUAAGCUCAGGCAGUGUAUAGUAAGCAAACCGUUGGAUGCUAAGACAAUAACCGGCGGCAGAGGGAUCGAUGUGACGAACUGGGUAGCAGAUGUCCAUCGCAGUCUUACAUUUAUUGUGUACGAUUUAUCAGGGAAGCAGAAUUACGAACUCAUUAAACCAUUUUUUCUCUCACCAGGCGCUCUGUACAUAGUGGUAGUGAAUUUGAAGUUGUACACAUGUAAGACUUUCUACUCCAGCGUAGGCUAUUUCCUUCACCUGCUUAGUGCCAAGGUUCCCCAUGCAGUGGUGUGCGUUGUGGGAACACACAUUGAUCUCUGUACUGAAACAGAAUUGGAGGAAAAGUGCUUGGAUAUCCACAGACAGAUCUCUGUGCAGGAAAAAAGAGACACAGAGAGUCUGUGGACACUCGCUAAGCAGGUGGACGAAGCCUUGGAACAGGACUAUGAUGUCAGGGCAUCAAGCCCUCAUGUACUGUUUUAUGGAGUCUCAGACAGAAACCUGAGACGUAAAAAAGCCCAGCUGCAGUACAUGCUGAACAAUCGACUACAGAUCCUGUCCCCGGUCUUUUGUGUCAGUUGUGUGGAAAUGCGAAAUAUCCAGCGAUUAAAGGAGAAACUCAUGUCAGUUGCAGAUCAUCGUGAUAUUUUUCCUAACCUUCACAGAGUACUGCCGAAGUCAUGGCAGAUGCUGGAGGAGCUCCAUUUCAAGCCACAGGAUCUGUGGCUGUCGUGGUGGGACUCAGCUCGCCUGGGCCUGCAAGCAGGAUUGACGGAAGACCGUCUACAAAGUGCACUGUCCUACCUACAUGAGAGUGGCAAACUGCUGUACUUCGAGGACAGUGUGACACUUAAAGAAUUUGUCUUCCACAAUCUGCCACGGUUCAUUGCUGUCUUGAACGUCUUCUUUCAGAAAGACAUUACUGCCAUGCUAGAAAAAUUAAACGCUGAAAGCGACUCAGAAGAGAAUGUUGCUUCUUCACAAAUCCAGCACCAUGUGGAAAGCUUUCUGCUGCAUGGCCUGCUGCCUUCCAACAUCAUCCGGCAGCUCCUCAAACCCCUUGUGCAGACGCAGCAGGACUUGCACCUUAUCAUGGAGCUGCUUGAAAAGAUGGGAGUUUGCUACUGUGUCAACAAACCUCGCAGCAAACCACUCAACGGGGCACCUGUGGUGUACAAGUUCCCCAGUCUGGUCAGCAGUGAGGAGCCUAACACUGAACCCUGCCAGAAUGGUGGCUCAUCAGUUCCUGGUCAGUUCUUCUCAGUGGAGCAGCUGCAGAUUGAGUAUAACUUUCCUUUUCUCAUCCCUCCUGGACUUUUUGCACGGUUCAGCGUGCAAAUCAACAGCCAUGUUGUGCAACGCACCGACGGAAAGGAUUACAUCUUUGCCUACCGGGGUAAAGUGCCUGUGAUGGUGAAGUACCGGCAUUCUCGAAACAGACUGCACCCGGAUACCCUUGCAAUUUCUAGUCAUGCAUCUUUACCAAAUAUCUGGACAGCUUGGCAAGCGAUUACUCCACUGGUAGAGGAGCUGAAUGUUCUUCUGCUGGAAUGGCCUAGUCUCCAUUAUUCUGUACAUAUCCUGUGUUCCAAGUGCCUGAAGCGAGGGUCACCCAACCCACAUUCUUUUCCAGGAGAGUUGCUGAGCCAGCCUCGACCCGAGGGCUUGACCGAAAUCAUCUGUCCUAAAAAUGGCUCUGAGCGCGUCAAUGUGGCCCUCGUCUACCCUCCCUCUCCCACUCUGGUCAGCCCCAGUCCCAAAUGACACAGAUGUCCCUUCCAGCAUAGCACAGUGACUGUAAACGCUCUCACACACCCUGCUGCACCUCGGUCUUCCCUGUAACACACACAUAACAUUAGAUGGAGCUACAUCUGAGUGUGUGUGUCCGUGUCCUGCAUCCACUUCGCGUGUGUUCAGAAAACGACGGUGUGAUGUGAUGUGUGUUCCAGUGUGGAGAUCUGCUUUCAGCCAUGUGCACACAUGAAGACAUGAAGAUUCUCACACACUGAACACAGAGCAGGAGUCAGGUGACGUUAGUCAAGUCACGUGAGCAGCCUCUCCUGUGAGACGCGAUGACAGAUGAGAACAUUUGAUCAUCAUUCACACACAUGAAGGUUAAUGAGCUUGUGCUGCUGGUUGUAGAAGAAAGAACAGUAUUAGGAACUGCAGAGCUGAAGUCUCAGGCCCAGUACGUCAUGGGUGUCUCUGUGAGAUGCUUGCGUUUAUCCAGUUACUGCUAAACAGGGAAGAAGCAGAAAGAAACCAAGAAGAAAUGCUGGGAUCAUGUCAUAUUCCGGAUAAAGGAAGACGUUCAUGCUCCUUGGAUGCUGAUUGGACUGAGUUGAUGAAGGGAUGAUCUGUUAUCCAAAAAACCUUGUAGAAACGGUGGCUACAGUGCAGUGCUAGAGUUCUAGUAAACAAGUUUCUGGUUCCUUUCAUACACUGCAUGCAGAAAUUACAGCUUAUUGACUGAAAUGUUUUGAAAUCAGUUUACAGUACAUACAGAAUCUGCUGUCUGUCUUAGUUUUGAUAGCCAGGUUUAACUGAAUCCAGGACUAAAGCAGGAAAUGAUUCCAAACUUUAAAUUUUUUUUUUUUUUUUUUUUUUUUUUUUUGUCCUUUUCCCCAAACCUGCAGAUUCUCUGUAGUACAUUUCCGGCUUUAAACAUUCUGUCUCGCACACACACACACACACACACACACACACACACACACACACACACACACACACACACACACACACACACACACACACACACGCACGCGUAUCUUAAGCUGCUCGCCCACAAUCAAUGACACUGAUAAUGAUUUGGAAUAGUACCGUAUUUCCUGGAAUAUAACUUGCACCAAAUGGAUGCCAGUCAAAUUUUUUUUUUUUUUGCUUAGGGAGAUAAAAAACAAUCAACAGCACUGCAAAUGUCUUAGGAGUUUUUGUCAUUUCCAUUAAAGUCACUAGAAAAUUUUAGGUUUACAGAAAAAAAAUUAAGUACCUUAUAAAAUCAAGCACUUUUGAGAUCAAACUGGAUUUAUAUUGUAAAUGUACAGUAUACGAUUAAACUAAAAUAUAGAACAAAUCAGUAGAAGAAAUUGUCUGAAUAACCUACCAAACAUUAAACUUUUCUGUACUGUUCAAUGCACUUCGUAGUAUUUUUUUUAAUAUAUAUUACAAAUAAAAUCAUAAUCAUUGUAAGAAUCUUCAAACCUAUUCUGUAUAUGUGCCUGAAAUUUUUCCACCAUGCAUCAAUGAGACAUUUUUGUUUUCACAUCCCAUGUAUUUAAUUUUAUUGCGUAUUGUUUAAAUGUUGCAUUUCAGUUAAAAUGCAUCCAAAGUUCAUGCUCAAACACAUGGCUAAAUGUUCUCACAUAGCUUCCCAGAGAAGUCCCAGCACCUGAUGGAAAGCAUUGUAUAGGUCAGAAAAUACGGUAACUUUUUCACGAAAAAGAAAAAUCAAAAACAUUUCUCAACUGUUUUUGAUCCUGUGUCACAUCCUCAGCUGCAUGUUUUCUUUUUACUUUUGCGAACCCCCAACAAACCUGUAACUAAUAUGUGGUAUAAAUAAGCCAUGGACUGCUGACUGUAGCCUGAGCUGAAGGUUUAGGAAUAUCUUCACAGUAACACAUCGCACUCGCCGUCUUACGAGCCAGGCCACGUGUUGUACAUAUCGUAACGGAUGGAGGGUGUAAAUUUGCUGACGUGAAGAAAAGACUGUUUACACAAAUCCAUUUUUAAUAUCACUUUGUUUGUUCUUCAGAAAAUCACAGCUCCUGUGAGACUGACUGUAUAUGUUGUUUAUGAUAGCCCUUUUUUGUACUUCAUAAUUUUAUUUUUGUAUCUUGUCAUAUGGUUUGCUGCACACUGUGCAUGGCUACUGUGUGCUCAGUGUAGACACAAACACAAUUUUCUUAUGAGUUAUGAGCACGUCAAUCUGUCAGAAGCACCAAAUACAAAUAUUUCUUUUCAUACGGCUUAUGAAACAACUUUUUUAUUUCUCAACCAUGUAUUCUUCAAAAGUGCACUAUGCUUUACAGACUUUAGUUUACAGCUUUUUUUUUUUCCUGGAAAUGCUUUAUGUGGUAAAAACUGCCUCAGUGUUUUUCCAUAAUUAAAAUCUGUCCAAAUUUACAGACAAAUCUGAUGUUUUCUGUAGUAAUUUAUGACAUUUCCUAUAAUAAAGGAUCCAGCUUUGAGUAGUAAAGUGGUCUCAUUCCAUCAGCACACUGGAAAUUGACAUGUCUGAGAUUUUUAAUGAGUAUAAACAAAUAAAUUUUAUUCUGUUAUAAGAAUAGACAGGUCACUGUUGGGUUUCUGUAUGUAGAGUAUCAUGACUCGGCGUUUUGAGAGGGAAAGGAGAGGGGUGAGAGCCCCCUGCUGGACAACUGCCACAAUAUCGGCAUAACAUUUCAACCAACUAGGCUAGGUUAAAAAUAAAUACAUGAAAAAGAAACAUGAUGAAAAAUUGCUCAUUCUUAAAGCUCUGGCAUUUUAGACAUUCAAAUUUCUUAUUUUCCUUAAAAUAUGCUAUCGAUCAACUUGAACCGUAAAAAAAUCUAAAGAUUCCUCUUAUUUUAUAAACAUAGAAGCGUAACGAUGUUUUUUUUAAGCAUGUUACGGAUGUAUUUGAUGUAUUAAAUGAGAAAUGCUACAACUCUUGGCAGCAUGCCACAGUGGCAUGAUGAUGUGCCCACACAGGAGCACAGAAAGCCAUCAGAUGAUCAAACUUCAGAGCAGAGAUCUCAGCUGAGCCACUCUGUGCUCAGAAGUCAAAUGUCAUAUGCAUCAGCUGCAUUUUUGACCCACAUUCAAAAUGUCAUUAAAAUGUAACACGUCACUGUUUACACUACAAUUUCACUCGCCGUAAGUGAAGAAAUAAGGGACUUAACUCAAGUUGGGUUUUAUCUGUAAAGUUUGUGGCUUAGUGAACACAUAAUUACACAUAAUAUGGAAAGUGAUAUCACACACUGGGUGUUUCUCAGGUUUAUGUCUGUAGUCACACGUUUAUUUUUAAUAUUAAACACAACCCUUCUUAAUCUGGGCUUGGGGCCGGCACUAAGAGCUAACUUCAUUGACGAGAGCGUGGGAUCCUGCCCCUGGACCAUUUCUAAUACUAAAGGCCCUGGUUAAAAUAUCCAGAAAUGUCCUUUAUCUACGCUAAUUUAAUGACACUUACUUACUUACCUGUUCUUAAUGACACAUACUUGAUUACAUUCACACUUAUCAUUUGAACUUCACUAAAUUCUACUUAAUAUUAAUUCUUUGUCUUCAGAAUGAAUGUAGCUGAUACUCAGUGUGUGAGGAAAAAGCCCAUUUCCUAAUUACAGUACAAGGAUGAUGUAAACCUAUCACCAGCACUGGGAAGAGAAUUUAUUUCAAGCAGACUGCAGCAGUAACCUGUAAUGGAGUCUUCUUUAUUAAAUUGGAGACUACAAACAAAAAUGACAAUAUAACACAGGUGAAAAAACAAAAUACUGCCUCUUGCAUAAAUACGAUGUUAAACGUUAUACAACUGCGUAUAAGCAGAGAAAAUGUAUCACACUGGGUUUUUAAAAAAAAGCAGAGAAAAGUAACACACACUUUGCUAUCUGUAUAUACUUUACCAUCAAAAAUGAAAGUUGUUUAUGAAAAUAACAAACUAAAGAAGAAAAUUGGGUAAACUGAUAGUAUACAUUGCCUCCUUGUCCCAAAUGUAGUCUGUGACAGGAAGUACGACAGGACAAAGCUAAUCAUUUGGGAAAAUAGAAAUUAUUUACAUUUGACUUUUGUCCACAUUGUUCCUUUAAACUGCUGAAAGUGGAUUGCUGGGUUUGAGUCGCAUGACUGGAUCACUCGUUUCACACACACACACACACACACACACACACACACACACACACACACACACACACACACACACACACACACACACACACACACACACACACACACACACACACACACACACACACA